CCUUUACCUUUGGACUGACAAACAGAGAGGGAACCAUUCCUGGGCUGGCUGUCAGAGCAACAUGUCUGGUUAACACCAAAAUAAAAGCAUCUAAACUGGAAGAAUCCAAACACUAAUGCCGCACCAUGAAGAGUGAGAUGAUUUCUGGAGGAAUAACUGGAGUGGAGUGAGGCGAUGGCACUCGGACACAGCUCUAGGAGAUCUGCUUCGUGUGACCAGGAGGUCAGUCCUGGUUCUGUGAAUGCUGAGGUCAGUCAUGCUAAUCUAACACAUCACAGAGCUUUAUUUACCAUGAUAUUUAUUCCUGUAUCUAUUUACAGAGCAAAGGGGCAGCAUAAUUCUGGAUCUGUUAAUACAGUAACAUGGCAAAUAGAGACUGCUCAGAAUCUGCUCACAGUGUUAUUAUCUAUGACUAAAAGACAAACAGAUGCAUGAAAAACAGUGUAACCAUGUAAAAGCAGGUGGGGAGCUGUGGAUCGUAGGGUUUCUUUAACCACUAAAAAACACCUGUUGUCAUGUGUUGUCAGUGGUUGGACCUCACUGUGUUCAAAUGACUCACCAUUUAUUUUAUAAUUAAAUUCCCUGAGGAGUAACUCCAGUGACAAACCAAUGUUUGACCCCAGAUGUCGAGAAGCACUUCUGUACUAGUGAAGUUGUUGCCUAGAAAGCAUGUCAAGGAUUCAGAGGAAGCUGGUUAAAAUAAAGUGCAUGUAGUGGUGAUUUAGGGGGGCUGUAGAGUAAAGCUUAAAAUGAGAAAAAUCAGGUGUGUGGGUGUGCUACAGGUUUAAGCAGAAAGAUGCAGUUAAAAUGGUUAUGUAAUCAUACUUCAUACUGACAAAUAAGUAGAUAGAUUUGACCAAGAGGGCAAAUAUAGAACAUCUAACAACCCUGUUGAAACCUGAUCUUCUGAGAUCUUUGUUUACCCAGAGCACUUCAAAUUGAGCUCUAGAUCCAAAGUCUUCACUUUUAACCCCCCCUAAAGUCAAAGUUUUACUUGUUCUCCGCAGGUUGGAGCUGGUGGACAAGAAGUGGUGUCACUAACCAGGAUGACACGAUGCUGCAAGUGUCUUCUGGCCUUCCUUAUCAUCUUCCUCUUGGCUGCGGGAGUUUUACUAGCCUGGUACUUCUUGGGUAAGGAAUGCAUUUGAACUGCACUGACACAUAUCCCUCAUAAGGGAUAUGUAUCAUAACAUAGGGAUGUUUUACAACUGUUUUGUCCAGGUCCAGUCCCACUGACCUGAUAACUGUUGUCCUCUGUGAUGUUUUGACCACCAUACCCUCCUCUCUGACAGAAUACAAGGUUUGGGUGCUGGAGUCUCGUGUCCAGCAGCAGUACACAGCCUUCCUCUCAAUCAUCAACAGGAACUUCUCAGCUGAUCUAUCUUUACACAGCAGUCCUGCAUUCAAGAGAGAGGCCAAAGGGGUGCAGAAAAUGGUGAGGACAGGCCCAGAUUUCAUAAGAUACUGACGUCCUGCAGAUGAAUUUGGUUCUUAUUCUUUUGGGACCUGGACCAUUGGUUAUUCUUUAUGUUUUCUUACAGUUUUUUGAAAUUAAGUUAAACUACCAAAACAAUGAAUAAUACUAGCAUAAAUUUCUGUCCAGACUUUUUAAAAAAGACUAGACUUACAACAAUAAAAGAAGCUCUCGAUCAGAUCUAUGAUAAACUGGUGCGAAGUGUGACACAGUGUGGAAGUCACCGCAUCAGGCCAGGGUAUUAAAAAAGAUUGCAAACAAGCUUGCAAGACUAAGUUGACUUUAUGUCUGAUGAUAUAUGCAUGCAUUGUCUAUUUAAAGUUGUUUAACAUGCGAACAGUUGAUACUGUCUGUCUUUUUUCUUUCAGAUAGAGACAAUCAUAAGGGCUUCAAGUCUUUCCCGAUACUUUAACCACACCACCGUGUUCACCUUUGGGUAUGUAGAUCAAACUUUUAUCCAAAACUGACUCUGGUAUUACCUUCAAACAAUGAUCACUCAGACUUGUUUAUGCCUUGUGCUUAAAUUUCAAAAGGAAACUGUUGGAAAAAAUGCCAAAAGGAUUGCAAAAUUAUGCCGUAUGUGAUAAUGAAGUUCCAACCAAACUACCUAUAACUCAGCUUUGCUCUUUUCAUUCUGCAUGAAAUAGCGUAACAUAUGUGAUGUAUAUUUUAGCUGCAAAUAACAGAGUAUAAACCUGUUUUUCUAAAAUAUUAUAGAAUAGAAAAAUGGAGGCUAAAGUAUAAUAUUUGCAACACCAAAGACAAGCAAUAGCCUGUUUGAAUUCAAAUGCAGUUUUCAACAAAUUGCCUUCUCUCUAUUUUUUGUCUCCUGGUCCUGUUUCUUUUUUUUGCAUUUUGAAGCUCUACUUACAACCUGGUUGUGAUCUACCAGCAUGAAAUCCAAAUGCUUGUAAUUUUUCAGGUGGUCUUGAGAUUUUAUUCAGGAUUGUAUCAGCAAAAACGUCACCUUCUCAUUUAUGUUGCUUAAAGUGCAGGGACUGUGGAAUCGUUUUGGUACUUCAUUGUGAUUUCAGUCUCUGCUGUGUCCUGCAGUGAGGGGAGCGUCGUGGCUCACUUCUGGAUCAUAAUGUCAGUGCCAGGCAGCCAUGUUGGGAAGGUCACACUGGAAAAGGUUACUGACAGCCUGCAGAGCGGCCUGAGGUGGUACAGAGGGUCAAAGUUGGAGGACACGGCCAGCUGUGAUGGAUACCUCCUCCACCUCCCCUCGCUGUCUGUUACUGGUGGGAGCAAAAGAGGGAGGAAAUCAACAUUUAAACAGAAAGAUAAAACUUUAAAUCAAGGAUACAAAAUGUGUUUUAUCAUUUCUUUCUUGUGGCUUUGUUUCAUGUUCUUUACAGAAACCAGCCCCAGAGUUAUAGAGCUUCUCAAAGCCUCAUUUGGUAUCACUCUUAAUUUUCUUUUGUUGGCUCCUAAAUUCUUAUGUUAACUUUUUAUCUUUCUUUACUCUAACUGAGAUUUAUUUGCAUGCAGAAAAAUAUUUUCACACCAAACAAUAAUCUAAUACAUGAAUGCAACUACAGAAACAAGUGAGCUAAUUUCUAUCAAUAUUUAUUAAAGCAUCCAGUUGAAAGAAGUUAGCCACAACCAAUGGUUUGGUGAUCUCUGUUUUUUAUUUCUUGCAUGCAAUACAACGGCUAAACCAGCAAGAGAAGUUCACCAUCUACCACAAUUUUUUGAGCCUGUUCAAAUUGUCUAUAACACAAGUAACACAACUUCAUCUUCUGUCAUUUUGUGUCUUUCCGUUUUCCAAGACUGUUACCGUUACCAGAGGGUGGUGUCCAGCAGUCCCGUGGCUCUCCGUGGCCCCGAUACGCAGCGCUCCUCCUGCCUGUGGCACCUCCAGGCUGCUCCUGGCUCCCAGCUGGAGCUCCACAUGGAGUGGCUGCUGCCGGAGUGCAGGGACAGGCUGGUGGUGUACAACUCCCUGACCCCCAGUGACACAAAGCUCAUCACGUCGUGAGUAUCAUCCACAGAGUGAGAUAGCUGUAUUAUGUACCAUUACUCUCUUUGACUGUCCUCCUCUUUAUAAAUACUUGUUUUUUUUCCAUCUGAUGCCAGUGUGUAUGGCUGCAGCAGACAUGAGCGUGUGGUGCGUGUCCUGUCUUCAGGCGAGUGGUUAACAGUUGUUUGGAAACAGGGUCUCUACAGCUAUAAGGACCCAUUCUCUCUGUCAGCACAGGCUUGGGUUCACCAAGGUAAGACCACCUGAACACAUAGACUUUAUUUUCUGACAUUUUUCAUACAGUUUUAGAUACUUCCAGGCAAAAGACCAGAUUACAGCUGCUCCAUAUUAACUGCAGAAAAACACAUUUUAAAUAAAAAAAUCUCAGAUGUUUCACCAACAUCAACCAGGCUUACAAGCAGCAACACCAGCAGUCUCUAGGUAAAUUUAUCAGCUUAUGUUCCCUGUUUAACUUGUCUCAACCAAAGACAAAGAUGUGUACACAGAUGGCUCCUCUAAACAUGAAAAGAUAUGAAGGAAUUAUUCAUUAGCAAAGAUGUUCAUGUGUCAUAUUUACACGUUUGGCCAUGCUUUGGUGCCGACACAGCUGAUUCAUCUAUCUUUUGCCAGGCUAGGUGCCCCUUACUGAGUGAUGUCUGACUUUCUCACAUUUCAACUUUUAGUUUUCUUCUUUUAACAACGAAAUCAGUACUUUUGUCACUGUGCUUUUCUCUCUCAGACUGUCACUCCAAUGUAGAGCUGAAGGCAGUAUCAGGGGUCCAGGGGACACUAAGGACACCUUUCUACCCCAGCUACUACCCCCCUGAUACCAACUGUACCUGGAGCUUCAUUGUAAGAUGUUCAUUCAUCUUUCUACAUUUUAAAUGCAGUACAUGCUGACAUGCUUUUAGAUAUUUUCAUUGGCCUGUAUAAUUUCAGAUGCCCAGUCCAGGUUUGGGUUUGUCUCUGGAGUUUGAGGGCUAUGAGCUGAGCAGAGCCACCUACAACCUGGCCUGUACACAGGGACAGUGGAUCAUCCAGAACCGCAGGUAACCUGAAAACCAGCUGAUUGAGAGCAGCUUCAAUCUGAAUGGAUAUAUAGACCUGUAAAGAAAAACAUAUCGAAAAGUAUCAGAAAGUCCUCUCUGUGCUUAGUUGAUCAUGUGGAGAGACUUUUUGAAACUUUAUUCAUCUAUCAGGUGCACAGACUCAAGACAAUGACUACAAACUCGACAUCAAACCAUGCGCAGAGAAUAGAUGAAUUUCCACAGAGGACACACCUGCUUUAACUAAAAGAACACUGAUCAGUGAAAAUGUCGCAGUUCGUCAGUUUCCUGAAAUCAUGUCUAUUCAUAGCUGACACCUGUUUGUGGUUUGGCCUGAUACAGGAAGUAUUGAUGAGGUCAUAUGAAAAUUUCCCCGCAGGUUAUGACAUGCAGAUCACUGACUGGGUUUUUAAAGACAAACCAAGAAAUUAGCUGUAUUUUUAAGCUAAAUGAGAUAAAAGGACAAAUACUGAAGAAAAUCUUAAUCAUAUGUUUCUUUAAUCUUUUGAACAACAGGGGGCAGCAGAGCCCCAUGUGAGCCCCCCUGAAAGAGUUGCACCCAAACUUUUCCAGACGUAACUGUAAUAGAAAAAGAUAAAACUGAUUCAGAUCACACUCCUGAGACCUUUGGGUGUCAGAUCCUCCCUAAUGCCCCUUGUGCAGUCUUUGUAGGGCUUGUACACCCAUGAUUUCAGUUCAACUCACUGUCUCUGUCCCUCUUUCAGACUGUGUGGUACCAGGAGCCUGCAACCGUACAGCGAACGCCUCUUCCUGCUCUCUGUGAAGGCCACUGUUGUCAUGACAUCAGAGGUGUCAAUCACAGGCCCAGGCCUUCAGCUGCAUUAUAGCACCUUCAACCUGUCAGACCGUGAGCUGCAGAUACAGGAGACUCAGAUGAUAGCAUCUGAAUAAAUGAGCUGUUGAUGAAUGUGUUUUUAAUGAUGCAUGAAUCGUAUGUUUCUGUGUUUUGUAGCUUGUCCUGGUCAGUUUCUGUGCUCUGUUAAUGGCCUGUGUGUUCCUGCCUGUGAUGGAAUCAAAGACUGUCCCAAUGGCCUUGAUGAGAGGAACUGUGGUAUUUAUUACACUCUGAGUUUAUUGACCAGUUGUUCAUAUUUUGACACAUUUUUCCUUACAUAUGCACGUUAGUUAUCCUCUGGCCUACCAACCCGGUAAACUUAAAAGCAAAAAUAUGUCUGCUUUGUUUUGUUACCCACCUGCUGAGAAAAUAUAGCUUCUGAAAGGUGAUUUGAAAUUGCUCCUGUAACCGCAAGAGUAAUUCUACUUCCUUCCACACUGUUGUAUGUGGUUUUGCAAACUCAAGAUGUCAAAGUUUAGAGCCAGAAAUGCAGCUUCUUUGUUUUUGGUCAGGAGUACCGAUAUACACUUUUAUUUUCUGUCCUAGCACCAGUAGACUGUCCUAAAAAAUAGUGGUUGGAUUUCAUUUGAAAGAACAACAUGUCAGUUAAUUUAUUUCUUCGAAUCAUAAUGCUUCAACAAAACUUGUCAAACCACUUACUGACAGAGUGUUGUAACCGCUGCAAGGUUCUGGAUCAUAGGUGUGCUGUCCUCGUGCAGGUUCUCUUGGAGCACCCAGUAAGUUUUGUUCCAGCAUGUUUGUUUUGCAAGGAAAUGGUGAAACACACAGCUGAGUGUGAGCCAUCUCUAUGCAUUCAAUCUUGAAAAAAAGGAGAGGUGUUUACAAUAUCCAAAAAAAUAUUCUAUAUGGUGUGAGAAUGAAGAUGCCCAUCGAUUGUUUUUUUGUUUGUAUGCAUUCCAGUGUGUGUUGCACAGUUUCAGUGUCCAGAGGACAGCCAGUGUGUGGAUUAUUACAAAGUGUGUGACCAGCACCCAGACUGCCCUGAAGCAUCAGAUGAGAUGAACUGUUCACAAGGUAACACUCUCAAACCACGCACGCAGUAAUAAAAAUGUGUUUGUGCGUGAUUAUGGUAUAUAUGUGUGUGUGUGUGUCCAGGUGUGCCGUGCACAGACAUGACUUAUGUGUGUGCUGAUGGGACAUGUCUGAAGAAACCAAACCCAGAGUGUGACUCUGUCACAGACUGCCCUGAUGCAUCAGAUGAGAAACAUUGUGGUGAGAAGAUAAACACACUAUUUUAAUCUUAAAGCUCCUUUGAGGAGUUUUUGAUUGGUUAAUAACAGUGAUGCAUUUAUAUAAUGUUCAUAGGCAGUGAAGACCAUUAACAAGAAGCUUUACAUUCAAUAAUGUUCUGAUCUUUAAUGUUUGUAGCUGCUGUGAGGGGGGUAGGAAGACUGAAAAACACAGCAAAUGAUCAGCAACAAAGUUAAGGUUACAGCUUUGUCAACAGGGGGAGCCAAAAUCAACGCAGACUAAAAAUAACUCAUAGGCGGUUUAAAGCUUUUUAUUUUUUACUUGUGGUUAAUAGUCCCAGCAGCAACUCCAUGUACUUUUCUAGUGCAGCCAUGCUUGUUUAGAUCACAGUAUGAAUACUGAGCUGUCCACCUUUUGCUCUGCAUGUGUCCAGACUGUGGCCUGAGGCAGUUCUCCAGCCGUAUUGUGGGGGGUACAAAUGCCUCAGAGGGGGAGUGGCCAUGGCAGGCCAGCCUGCAGAUGAGAGGUACCCACAUCUGUGGGGGCGCAUUGAUAUCCAGCCAGUGGGUGGUGUCUGCUGCUCAUUGUUUCUAUGACGACCGGUAAGAACAGGAAAGAGAGGAGGAAGUUUGUCGGCCGAGGUGUUAAAAUGUUGUGAGAAUGAGGAGAGGAAAAAUAAAAAAUAAAAAAUUCUUUCAGCUGAAGAUUUUUUGGUCAUGUUGUGUGGAAAAGUUGUAUGCUGUUGUGCUGCUGUUGUUUCUCAACUUUCCUAAGAAUUUGUGUAAAACAUUGAUCUUGUUUCAUUCCGCCUUUGGAUUCACAACAAACACUGUUGGAAAAACUUAUUGGGGACUUUUGCUGUAAAAAAAACUAUUCUGCUUUUAAACAGAGUUUGCUCUUGGUGAAUGCAGAUCUUGUGUUCUUACCUUGCUUUGAAUUGUAGGAUGUGUCUUGGGCUUCGGGGGCAUUGUUUGCAUGCUUACAUAUAUUUACUUUAUUUCUAUUCUGAUAUAAUCCUGCAGUGUUUUUUUUCUCUUUAUACCAUGUAUUUGUUUUAUUUCAAGGAGGUAUGUCUGUACUUUUGACAGCAUUAGAUCAGCAUUUCAGACCCACAAUAAUAAAAUACUGCCAGAAAAUUUGAAAUAUUUGAACUUUUACUGAAUUGAAGUAUUGCUGUAAAUAAAAUAAGUCUCAUAUUUUCCCCUAUUUCCCUCUUCCUCUACAGUCUGUAUUCCCCCUCACAAUGGACGGUGUAUCUGAGUAAACUCUUACUGAACCGCAGCAGCCCCACCGAGGAAGUGGCUCGAGUUCAGAGGAUCUACCUUCCCCAAUAUUAUGAUGAUGAAUCCCAUGAUUAUGACCUGGCCUUGCUGAAGUUGGACCGGCUGGCAGUGCACGCUCGACCUGCCUGUCUGCCUCCACCGACCCAUCAGCUGGAACCUGACCUGCUCUGCUGGGUUACGGGCUGGGGCUCUCUGAGUGAAGGAGGUGAGGAAGGACAGAAAGAGUGGGAGCUUAGGGGAGAGAGAGGAAAGAUAAUUUCAUCCAUGUUUGGUGUGAGGCUACCACUAAAGCCGGAAAAGUUGCUCAAGUGUCCACUUGAGGCUGGCUCCAAAAGUGGGUCUGAAUCAAACUUGUUACUUUUUAUGAUUCACACACUUUUUGACAACAGUAGGAUGGUGAAUUCAUACAACUCACAUUUCUUAUUUACAGCUGCGAUUUGGUUCUGUAUAAUCAGGGUGUUGUUCCCAUUGUUCAUCAGCAGGUGUCUGCCUCUUACAGUUUAAACAGUGCCUCUUAUGCAUUGAAUUAUAAUCCAUCGGCCUUUUAAGCUGAAGUAAAAUGACCUUUAUUUGGUACUUCUGACUUGCAGGUUUUAUUUACAGAGCACUACGGCCUGGUGUAGUAAUCCUCCUAUAAUAUCUGUUGGCCUCAAACUCUCGUCCACAGGCUUAUGUUACAUGCAGUUUAAUGCAGAAAUGUUCUCACAGGAAGGGGUUUAUGUAGCUUAAAAAAAAACACCUCUCAAGUAGCACUUUCCGAUUGUGGCAAGGCGUGGGAAGUCUUUGUGGAGGUUUGCAGACGUUGGUUUGGUGUUAUGAUUACAGAAAAAAAGUCAAAUGUUCUCAUAAAAUGAAUAACAAUGCAGGAGGAGAUAGAGUAAACAAGUGGUGACCCGAUAUCUGAAAACCAGUGAACUUUGUAAGAAGAUGGGGGGAAAAGAAGGUGCUGAAAGCCAUUUUUCCACAGAGACAGUUUCAUAGAAGUUCUCAACAUUUAUGUGGUUUAGUGCUAAAAUGUGUUGGCCUGUUAGGUGUGGGCUACACCUCCAUAUUUUGAGCAUUGUUCUUUUGUUUUUCUGAGGUUUAGCAAUCUGCAGAGCCAACUUUGCUCUCAGCAGGUAACUUAUGACUGAAGAUUCACUUCUCUUUUCCAGUUUAACCUCAUGUGACUUUUAGCUUCAUCUUGCAUGAUUCAUAUAUGAUGUCUCCCAUUAUCUAGAAAACAGAAAGACUAAAACAGGAUGAAUAUUUGCCCCUCUUUUAAUGUCUUUUUUCACUUUGACCUCUUCAGGCAAAGCCAGUAACGUGCUUCAGAAGGUGGAUGUUCGCCUGGUCAGCGAGGAGUCCUGUGUCCGCUCUUAUGGCCACCUGGUCACUCCCAGAAUGCUUUGCGCUGGUUACCGUACUGGAGGGAAGGAUGCCUGCCAGGUAAAAGAAAAACAAUGCAUAAUUUUUCGAUAGUUUUUUAGCUCUUAGGAAUAUGUAUGUAAUAUAUAUGAUACCAACCCUUACCAAUAUAUAUAUAUAUAUAUAUAUAUAUAUAUAUAUAUAUAUAUUUAUUUUAUAUAUAUAUAUAUAUAUAUAUAUAUAUAUAUAUUAUAUAUAUAUAUAUAUAUAUAUAUAUUAAUAUAUAUAUAUAUAUAUAUAUAUAUAUAUAUAUGUGUAUAUAUAUAUAAGUUUGCACUGUUUGGUUCAAAUCUUAGAAAUAUGGAAGUAUUCACUGACCAAGUAUACUUAAACCUAAGGCACAAAUACACAUUUAGGUAUAUCUUGAUCAAAAGUUUAUGUAUACUUAUAGGUUAAAUAUAUUUGUGUAAGUGUAAUUCUAAGUACAAGCCAAGUACACUUAACAUUAACUUUUUAAAGUAUAUCUCUUAACAGUGCGUAAAAAGUUAACUGAAAGCAUACUUAGUUUAAAAACAGUAUACUUGAAGUACACUCUAACAUUCUUCUUUUUGGUAAGGGAAACCCGUCUGGCUAAAAUAACAACUAUUGGGAUGACAAUUUGGACAAUUUCAGGAAUUAAAUUUUAGCUGUACAAACUUCACAAAGUGUAAUGAUUGUGUUUGGAGCUAGAGUUUAACUGUCCCCAAGUGGCAGGAUGUAUUAACUGCAGUUCUAAUACUCACUGUCCACUUUGAAAUGAAUAUUUCAACUUCUGUUGAGUCAAAUAAUAAAAGCAGUGAAAUAAGAAGAAAACUGUUCGUUUCUCCUGAAGUCUAAAGCCUCUUUCACACAUGCACUCUUGGAAUUUUAUAGAAAUUGACAGGAGCUCUGCCCCUCCCAAAAUUUAACAAAGUUGCUUGUUCACAUGCGCCUCUCAGUUCAGUGUCAGCAGACAAAGCAGCAGAGACCUUAACUGUCCACUCAUGGCAAAAAACUGCAGUGCAAUUCACAGUAACUACAAAAUUCAGACAAAAACCAAGCCAUUAAAUGUGAUUACAGGGGGUUGAGGCUUUGUGUGAAAGUAAGGCUACAAUACAUCCAUGCAGCACUAGGGUGUAGUAAUGUGAACUUAUUUUUACUACCCUGCAAAGACAAGCUGCAAUAAGCGCACUUAUAUGCACCCCCUUGCAUAUUAGCUGUUGUGAUGAAGCAGUUUUUCAUUGCACUUAAACCAAAAAGGACCUUUUAAAUGCGUAAAAACAUUUUUGCUUUGAACGAAAAAGAAAAAUAACGGCACAUACUUAUUGGGGAGACGCUAAGCCUUGCCCUUGAAAUACCUUAUAUUGGUAAGGGUUGGUAUAUAUAUAUAUAUAUAUAUAUAUAUAUAUAUAUAUAUAUAUAUAUAUAUAUAUAUAUAAGUUUGCACUGUUUGGUUCAAAUCUUAGAAAUAUGGAAGUAUUCACUGACCAAGUAUACUUAAACCUAAGGCACAAAUACAUAUUUAGGUAUAUCUUGAUCAAAAGUUUAUGUAUACUUAUAGGUUAAAUAUAUUUGUGUAAGUGUAAUUCUUAGUACAAGCCAAGUACACUUAACAUUAACUUUUUAAAGUAUAUCUCUUAACAGUGCGUAAAAAGUUAACUGAAAGCAUACUUAGUUUAAAAACAGUAUACUUGAAGUACACUCUAACAUUCUUCUUUUUGGUAAGGGAAACCCGUCUGGCUAAAAUAACAACUAUUGGGAUGACAAUUUGGACAAUUUCAGGAAUUAAAUUUUAGCUGUACAAACUUCACAAAGUGUAAUGAUUGUGUUUGGAGCUAGAGUUUAACUGUCCCCAAGUGGCAGGAUGUAUUAACUGCAGUUCUAAUACUCACUGUCCACUUUGAAAUGAAUAUUUCAACUUCUGUUGAGUCAAAUAAUAAAAGCAGUGAAAUAAGAAGAAAACUGUUCGUUUCUCCUGAAGUCUAAAGCCUCUUUCACACAUGCACUCUUGGAAUUUUAUAGAAAUUGACAGGAGCUCUGCCCCUCCCAAAAUUUAACAAAGUUGCUUGUUCACAUGCGCCUCUCAGUUCAGUGUCAGCAGACAAAGCAGCAGAGACCUUAACUGUCCACUCAUGGCAAAAAACUGCAGUGCAAUUCACAGUAACUACAAAAUUCAGACAAAAACCAAGCCAUUAAAUGUGAUUACAGGGGGUUGAGGCUUUGUGUGAAAGUAAGGCUACAAUACAUCCAUGCAGCACUAGGGUGUAGUAAUGUGAACUUAUUUUUACUACCCUGCAAAGACAAGCUGCAAUAAGCGCACUUAUAUGCACCCCCUUGCAUAUUAGCUGUUGUGAUGAAGCAGUUUUUCAUUGCACUUAAACCAAAAAGGACCUUUUAAAUGCGUAAAAACAUUUUUGCUUUGAACGAAAAAGAAAAAUAACGGCACAUACUUAUUGGGGAGACACUAAGCCUUGCCCUUGAAAUACCUACAGAGAGACAGAAAGCAGUAUCUGCAUUUUUUGGGGGUCAUAGGUCACAUGGUGGUAGUGGUUCUUGUCUAUAAAAGCUUCUUUAAGUAAAGACAUCACAUGAAUGCAUUAACAACCAAUGCAUAAUGACUAACCUGCAACAUAUCUGUCAACAGCCAGUUGAAAGCUUCUCAAUUUCACUGUUUUACAGCGCACUGCUUUCAAAGGGCAGUGCACGAUGCUGCAUGUACAGGCAGCUGUGGAGACUUCUUUGCUGUUUCCCUCUUAAAAAAGGAUUUUCAGCUUCUCAUGUUUUAAUUUAUUCUGUUUGGUGUUGCUCUCCUGGGUUGGCUAUAGUUGCACAAUCAGACAUCAUCACCUUAUCUUCUCACUAGCAGUGAUUUGCCCCAAAUAUUUCCCGAUGCAUCCUCACACUGGCUCAGCUUCAUUUAAAUUUCACUGGGCAGCUAGCCAGGGUGUAGAUUUUGGCUGUUUGCAUUCACACACACACAGGAAGUUUUUAAGGGAUUUGUGAAUGUGUAAGUUGAGCAUAGGCUACAUAACAUCCUAAAUAUCACAAACCUUGUCAUGUUUAACCCUGUCUCUCUCCAUCAGGGAGACUCUGGGGGCCCUUUGGUUUGUCAGGAGCCAUCAGGUCGCUGGUUCCUAGCCGGUGUGGUGAGCUGGGGCAGAGGCUGCGGGCGUCCAGACUACUAUGGUGUUUACACCCGCAUCACCAGACUCACCGAGUGGAUAAAGCAGGUCAUCAGCAGCUACUGAGACAUAGUGGAUAUUCAUCAUGUUAAACACUCUAAUGCUCUGGACUUCAAGCUGUCAACACUUUCAUAUAGAGGGCAGAAGAUGUUAGACUGUGUCUCUUUGAGAACCUUCAGAACUGAACACUACAGUGGCAGCAGGGUCAUAUAACAGUUUACUGCGCUGCUUUUAGUUGAUAAUAGAUAACCUGUAUUUGUGUUUAUAUGGCUGCUUCUUUGACUCUGUUUCCAAUGACAACAAUACUAACUAAGUACUAACUGACCCAGAUGGAACUUAAGGUGGCUGAUGCCUUAUCCAUUAGGCCACUGGGCCCUUGUUUAUGUAUGAAAAGUCCCUAAUGGCUACCUAUAUGAUUUGAAAUAACAAGGGAUUGUCACAGGGCGGACUCUAAGAGACCGUUCUCACCCAAAGUCCGCUUAGAAGGUCCGGAUCAGGGACCAAAUGUUUACAUUGUUGCAUUCUGCAUUUGGUCUAGUUAGCAUUCACAUCGGACUAAGUGAACCAAAUGGUUUAAAAAAAGAGGGAAAAUUACCAUGGGAAAUCCCUGUCUGUCACCUGCUCAUUUGGGGCACAAUCUUCAUUGUCCCACAACGCACAGAAAGUAACUGACCAGAGAGAGCAAUAGGCUUUUUGAUUCACACAAUUCACCAGAGGUGGCAGAGAUGUUGUGCGAUGAGAUGCCGGCCAUUAAUGCAAAGGAAAGCCGAUAACACAUUGUCAGCGUGUUUCAAACCCUCAGCCAUUUGUCAAGUUUUAAGGACAGUGCGGCGCAACCUCUGGCCGGGCAUAAUUUCCCGGCUUUAUUACAUGGUAAAUGUGUUAUUGGUUUGUUUUGACAUUUAAAAAAUCCGGCUACAUCAGGGCUGCUUUCACACCCACCGCAGACCGGACCAUGGAAGGGGACAGAGCAUUUUCAAGAGGACCACAGUCCGUUUGUUUGAUCCAGACCAUGGUUCACUUGCGCGGUCACCCAGACCAAAGGAGUGAGGGGACCAUGGUCCUUUUAGAACGAACCAAAGAGAACCUAGUGUGCAUGCACCUUGAGUAUUUCCAACAAAUCAAAAGAGAAUUGAUUAUUCUUUAAAAUCUGUGAUUUAGCUUCAGUUCUGGGCUCUGGCACUCAGAGUUGUCGAAAAUGAACCAAAACUGGGUCACAGGGCUGGAGCUGUUGCUUGUAUUCAAACAGAAAAUCAGCAUUUCCCUGUCUCCCCGAGCAGGGCACACACAGGUCUGAGGAUGGGGGCUGAUGCUUGUUUCCCCACCAGAAAUGAUGAUUCUUUUAAAAUGUGUCACCAUCAACAGCCUGAAAUCAUAAAAGCCAUUAUCCUGAUGGUUACAGGGACAAUUCAGUGUGUUUUCACUGUGUGAUGAUAUUGCCACUCAGCUUGAGAAGGGUCCAAGGUGCCAGACACAAAAUACAUAUGUGAUUAACUUAAGGAGAGGUUUACAGCUCAUUUAAUCUGUAACUCUUAGGUCAAGAAAUAUUGUUAAAGGGGACCUGCCAUCAAAAAUGUAAUUUUGUGUGUUUUUGUGUCAGAUAAGGUCCAUAUUUUGUUCGUCUUAUGUUGUAAAUGUGAAAACAAACCAUUACAUCGUUUGCAUUCUGUAAAGGUUUAAAAUAAAGAAACAGGUAAACCAGACCAA